CUUGAUGGUUCAACUUCCGGUAGAACGAUUGGCAUGAUAUGAUGUUUUGAAAACAAAAGGUUUGUCUAGAUCUACCGAUAUCUUGUAGACCUAUAAGCAAAAUGUCUUCGACAAACCGACAAACCUAAUUACAGAGACGAGUCAUCACCAUGGGGGAUACUGGUAACCAGGGCGUCAGUACUAGUGCCUUCCCAAAUCCUCCCAACUACUACAAACAAUACACCGAUGAAAAUAUACGUCGAGGCCUGGCACCACCCCCGCCUCCAGCUCUACAGGAUUCUUACAGCAUGUUUGGUGCCCAAUACACAUCAGAGGAUGCCAUCAUCAGACCACUGGAGUCCUUAGGAUUCCGACGACUACAUCCACAAAACUAUGACCAUAAACGAGAACUCAAAAAGCUCAAUCAUUCGAUUGUGGUGAACUUUCUCGAUCUCAUUGAUAUAUUAAUAAAGGCUCCAAACUCUCCAAAAAGAACAGAAAAGUUAGAAGAUUUGAAUCUCCUGUUCAUUCAUAUGCAUCAUCUCAUUAAUGAAUAUCGUCCCCAUCAAGCUAGAGAAACCCUACGAGUAAUGAUGGAGCAUCAAAAAAAUCAGCGUCAAGAAAUCGGGGAACGUUUCAAAAAGCAUUUGGACAAAGUAAAGGAACUGAUUCAAACCAGCAUUGCUCACCUGUCUGAUGAUUACAGCUUUGAUUCCAAGUCUCUGGUGAAGACCGAACUGCUCCAGGCAGGUCACUCUCUGGGCGAGUACAACAUGGAGGUGGAGCCGUGUGACCAACUGGACCGCAUGAUGUGCGACAUUGUAGAUAGUAUGAAUUGAUAUAUUGUGUGUGGUAUGUGACAUCUGUUGUGUUGAAUGUCAUACUCAGUAUGGUUCUAUCACAGAAUUUUGGAAGGGUACUGACAUAGGUGACUAAUUUAUCUGCAUGGCUAAAUAUCUUAGAUACACCAGUAAUAUCAGAGUGAGAACAGGAGAAGAUCUUUGAUAUACCGUUAAAUACUAGAGUUGAGAUCUUUGAUGUACCAGUAAAUAAUUGCGGUAGUGUUGGAACUUUGUUGUACCAGCAAAUACUUAUGCCAGAUCUUUGAUGUACCAGCAAAUACUGCUGUCAGAUCUUUUAUGUACCAGUCAAUAAUUGCAGUACUAUCAGAACUUUAAUAUACCAGUAAAUACCACAGUUGAGAUCUUUGAUGCACCAGUAAAUACUAGAGUUGAGAUCUUUGAUGAACCAGUAAAAUCUUGAGUUGAGUUCUUUGAUGUACAGUAAAUACUAGAGUUGAGAUCUUUGAUUCACCAGUAAAUACUAGAGUUGAGAUCUUUGAUAUACAGUAAAUACUACAGUUGAGAUGUUUGAUAUACUAGUAAAUACUAGAGUUGAGAUCUCUGAUGUACCAGUAAAUAAUUGCGAUAGUGUUGGAACUUUGUUGUACCAGUAAACACUAGAGUUGAGAUUCUUGAUGAACCAAUAAAUACUAGAGUUGAGAUGUUUGUUGUACCAGUAAAUACUGAGUUGAGAUUCUCGAUAUACCAGUAAAAACUAGAGUUGAUAUCUUUUAUGUACCAGUAAAUACUAGAGUUGAGAUCUUUUAUGUACAAGUGAAUACUAGAGUUGAGAUCUUUGAUGAACCAGUAAAUACUAGAGUUGAGAAUCUUGAUAUACCAGUAAAUACUAGAGUUGAGAUUCUCGAUAUACCAGUAAAUACUAGAGAGGAGAUCUUUGAUAUACAGUAAAAACUAUAGUUGAGAUCUUUGAUGUAUAGGUAAAUACUAGAGUUGAGAUGGAUUGAUAUUGUUACAUCUCUACAUUAAAACUGUUUUUAGAAUAAAAAACUUUCAUCACAUUUUUA